AUGCCCAGGCUUGGAUUUUCCACUCUGGUGGAGAAGUUUUCACCAUCUUCUAUGCGGUCAGGAGUGGUGGCAUCUGGAAUUGCCUUCGCUGUACAGAUAUGGUGCAUUGACAGAGGUGGCCCUGUGUUCGUAGCUGUGUAUCAACCUGUUCAAACUCUUGUUGUCGCGAUUAUGGCUUCCCUUGCUUUAGGCGAAGAGUUCUACUUGGGAGGCUUAGAAGCCCAAAUUGCUGAGUUGGGUUACACCCAUUUUUCAUCCAAGUGGGAGUUUGUGGGUGAUGGAAAGGUUUCAAAGUUGUAUUAUGAGGCCCGUGUAAAAGCCAUGGACCUCUUGCUUCCUAAAUGA